AUGGCUCGAGCAUCUACCCCGCAGCCUGGGAUUCUCAAUCUUCGAUGUAAUGAAUACUGUGAUGGUAAAGAAGCCGUGUUUUACUGCCCACAGUGUUCUGCUAUGUUCUGUGAUAGUUGCUAUGAUCGAGAACACGAAGGAAGCGUACGAAAACAAACACAUGAAAGAGUCGUCGAAGUCAGACCAAUCUGCCGAGAACAUCAACACACCUUAGAAUAUUUUGAUCUUACUUGCUUGAAGCCUAUUUGUAUAACAUGUUUGACCAAUCUGCAAUCCAAAGAAGAGUAUCAAAAUCAUGUUAUUGAAAAAAUCAAUGAUGUUUCGACAAAAUUAUGCUGCUUGCUUAGCGAAAAAGUAGUCGAGUCGAAAGCAGUUCUGAAGAGCGUUCAAAAAGCUGCUAAAAACACCUCGGAGACGACUAAACGAACGUUAAACAUGGCAAAAAGAGAAGUACAUGAUAUCAUUGAACAGGGUAAAGGAAUUUUGGACGAAAGAAGGCAAAGUAUAUAUCGACGAAUAAGUAAAGUACAGAAGGAGUUUUUAAGUAGGGAAGACUCGACGGCUGGAUUGAUUGGUUUAGCAAGCCGUCUAGAAGAAAAUAUCCAAAAUGCGGAAAGAGUUUCAGACGAAGGAAGGUUUAUCAGUGCACAGUUCCCAUAUCUUUUCAACACACUCAAUGACCUCUGUGCCUCGGCAAGAAGACACCUCGAUAACCCCAAGGGGUUGAAAGUUACAGUGACCUUGUCAAAGGUUGCUGUUGCUAAGAUCCUGAGUUUGGUGGAUGUUGAAACUGCGGUGGUGUCUCCAGACGAGGUGCCAGUUAAUGAGGCAGAAGAUGUCAUCCAGAGUAAUUGUGUGAGGGUGGUGAUCAUGUCUGAUGACUCUCGCAGCCAUUCUUAUAUCGCUCGAAAUCCUAUAACAGUACGAAACAUAGUAGGUGUGGUCAGACCAGACUCGCAAGAUAGCCAGUCACAGGAUGAACGAACAGAAAAUAUAAUGCAGAUGUCUCAUGUCCAUUCUAAGACUCUGACAACAAGUAACCACGGUAACCAGAUUGAGGAGUUCCAAGGUCCUGGUAUCCAUAGUAAUCGGACUGAAGUUCUCGAAAGUCAUGAUCUUUAUUGUAAACAGGAAAACGAUAUCGGGAGUCCUGGUAACCAUAGUAACCAGGCGAAUGACCUCGAGAGCUGUGAUCUCUAUGGUAACCCACAACAAGAAGAUAUGGAGACUCCUAGUAACCAUAGUAACGAGUCUGAAGUAAACGAAAGCCCCGAUGUCUAUUAUAACAAUAAAGAAGAUAUUCAGAGUCCGGGUAAACAGCCUGAAGAGCCCGAGAGUCCUUGUGUCCAUGGUAACCUGUUUGAGAAUAUUCAGAAUCGUCGUAUCCAUGGUGAUUUGACUCCUAAAAAUCACAGUAUCCCUAGUAACCAGGCUGAGGACUCCGAGAGUCCUGAUAACCAUGGUAACCUGUUUGAGAAUAUUCAGAAUCGUCAUAUCCAUGGUGAUUUGACUCCUAAAAAUCGCAGUAUCCAGGGUAACCAGGCUGAGGACUCCGAGAGUCCUGGUCACCAUGGUAACAUGUUUGAGAAUAUUCAGAAUCGUCGUAUCCAUGGUGAUUUGACUCCUAAAAAUCACAGUAUCCAUAGUAACCAGGCUGAGGACCCUGAGAGUCCAAUUGCUCGUGGAACUGUUAGGAGUGGGAUGCCCGACAGUCCUUGUAUCCAUGGUAACCAUCACGUGACAAAGAGAGUUUCCAAAACUUUUGGAACAUCGCAACAUGUGAAGUUGAACAGCACUCAUAAAAAGAGUAAAAGAGGAAGGAAAAGAAAAAAGAGGCCUUCAGAAGACCAUGAAUGGACACCUACCAGAAUACUUCGUCCAAGUACUAUGGAGAGAAGGAAAGAGGGGACUGUGGCGAAACCAAGGUCAAGAAGAGGAGGUGAACUGAGUCAAGAAAUGAAUCGAUGUGAUGCGAUACUAACAAUACUGUGGGCUGAUGAGGACAGCUGGCCGUUCGUACACCUCGUUCACAAGAAACGCUGUCCAGAGUAUUACAAGAAAAUCAGCAAYCCUGUAAGUCUUGAUAUCAUCAAACAAAGACUGCAUUCCUAUCAGUAUCGCUCUGUCUUGGACUUCGUACGGGACUUCAACCAGAUUAUUCAAAACUGUCACGUGUUCAACGAGCCUGACAGCGAUGUUCACCAAGCAGGCUCCCGGCUGGCACUGCGAUUCAAUAAUCUUCUACGAGAAUGUUUCCCUAACAUCGAAAGUGUCUUCCCGGACCAGGAGUUGAUGGACUCAAGUCUCUGAAGCCAAAGUAACCAAUAGCAAUCUUGAUAGGUAGUCACGUGUAUCUUCCUUGGUAUCACGUGACUAUUUGUCAUGAUAACCAAAUACCACGUGUCAUCUUCCUUUAUCACGUGGAUUCAUGUUAUUAUUCUGUCAGUAGUACGUAAAAUUUGAAAGCUUAUUAACAUAAUGCUAUGACAACCAAAUACCACAUGUCAUCUUCUAUUAAGUGGAUUCAUACGUCAUUCUGUCACUAGUACUUAUAAUUUUUAAGCCUAUUAACAUAUUGCUAUGACAACCAAAUGUUACCACAACGACUAAUCAAGCAUUACUUUUCGUAUCGAGCACCUUUAAGAAGCAGAAUAAAUGGAAAAAAAAUUCGAAAAAAAAAACAAACUAAAAAAAUAGAAACUUUUUGUAGAGGAAAGGUUCGACGUACGGCUUGCUAAAAUACUUUCGCCUAUCAGAGCAUUAAUCCAAUGUAUCCGGUUUAGGAUUGGCUGAUAAUCUAUGCAAAGUCGCUUCAAGGAAACGGCGCCACAAUGGCGUCAUCGAGGCUCUAUGAGUGACGCACAGUCUCUAAGCAUAAGGACGCUUGAGGCACGUCAUUGUCGAAAUGUCACAAGUGAGCUUUAUCGACUCAAGGAUAUUUAAAAACGAUUUAUACAGUGUUACAUAAAUUCUGUAAGUUUGACAGAAGARUGUCGAAAAUAUUUCGAUAAAGGUGGCGAGGAACGCCUGUCAUUUAUUCUUUCCACCUGUUUCUGCCAAGCGCAUGCGCAAAGCAUUAUUCUUUAAAAUUUGAAAGGAUUAAUUUGGUUUGGUGUGUCUGAAGCAGUUCUCGUUCUCGUCACUUCGGUUUGUUUACGAAGAUCAAAUUUG